UCGUUUGAGAACAUAGAUUUCCCACAUGCUUCCGGUUUCACGUCAAUUGCGAACAAUUUGUGCAAGAAACAUUCGACAAAAAUCUGCGGGAGUUUCUACCACUAUAGCGACACUAUGCCUAAGAAAAGUAAAAACAAGCAACAGGAAGAGUGGAACGACGAUGACGAUGAUAUAACAUUAGAAGAGAGAAUGGCGGGUUUAGGUACGGGAGAUGACGAUGGCGGUGCUGAAGUUCCAGAUAAAAACAAGAAGAAGAAAAACAAAGAAAAAGGGAAAUCAGCUAAACUCAAAAAGUUGGCUGAGUUUUUAGCAGCAGAGGAAGAAGGAGAGGAAGAGGCUACAAAAGGAGCAGAGUCUACAGAUACAAAAAAAGCAACACGGACCACUCAAAUAGAGGAUCGAGUGUCGCCAGAUGAUAUUUAUGAUGAUGAGGAAGUUGUGGAGGCUAUGUAUGAUGAGGAGCUGGAGAGAAAAAAAAAAGAAGAGGAAGAAGAAGAGGCUAAACCUAAGCUUAGUAAAAAAGAACAGAAGAAAUUAAAGAAAAAGAUGGAGUACCAGAAACAGCUGGAGAGCCUUGGCCCUGACAGUAUAGAGCAGUUUUCUGUGUCCCAGGCAGAGAGCUCCCGGUCCACCAAAGCAUCACAACAGCUCGACAACCAACUGGACAUCAAGGUGGAGAAUUUCUCUAUAUCAGCAGCUGGAAAGGAACUGUUCGUUAAUGCCAGUCUCACCAUCACUGCCGGACGCAGAUAUGGACUCGUGGGACCCAACGGGUUUGCUGUGACUUUGACCUCAGAAUCAAAGGUCAAGCAGUGUAACAUUUCCAAGGUUAUAGCUGAUCAGACACCCUCCAUUGAAGCUGUGUUAAAGGCUGAUGUUAAGAGAACAGAACUACUAGCUGAAGAGAAAACAUUAUUUGCAGAGCAAGAGAAAGGAAUAAUGAAAAACUCUGAUCGUUUAAAAGAGGUAUAUGAGGAGCUGAUAGCUAUUGGAUCUGAUGCUGCCGAACCUAAAGCAAGGAGGAUUCUAGCUGGUCUAGGAUUUACUUUAGAGAUGAUGAACCGACCCACAGUAGCCCUAUCUGGAGGCUGGAGGAUGAGGGUGUCACUAGCACGGGCCCUUUUUCUGGAACCCACCCUCCUUAUGUUGGACGAACCUACAAACCAUCUGGAUCUCAAUGCAGUCAUCUGGCUGGAUAACUACCUACAGGGAUGGAAGAAGACCUUACUUGUGGUGUCCCACGACCAGAGUUUCCUUGAUAAUGUAUGUACAGACAUCAUACAUCUUGACCAACAGAAACUGUUCUACUACAGAGGCAAUUAUGGAACAUUUAAAAAGAUGUUGGUGCAAAAAAGAAAAGAACAACUGAAGGCGUACGAAAAGCAGGAGAAGAUGCUUAGAGACAUGAAAUCUUCAGGAAAGUCGGCUAAACAAGCAGAAGCAAAACAAAAGGAAGCCCUAACUAGAAAACAACAGAAGAACAAGGACAAACAGAAAGUGUUUGCGGAAGAAGACAAAAAGACAGAAUUAUUACAGCGGCCAAAGGAUUACACAGUCAAGUUUCACUUUCCAGACCCCACACCGCUUAACCCUCCGAUCCUAGGUGCUAUGAAUGUGAAUUUCUGGUACAAGAAAAGUGAAAUAUUAUUCAAAAACUUGGAUUUUGGCAUUGAUAUGAACUCCAGAAUUGCCAUUGUUGGACCAAACGGUGUUGGAAAGAGUACAUUCCUGAAAUUGCUGACACAAGAAAUAGAACCAGUAUCUGGAGAAGUCAGAAAGAAUCACAGAAUAAGAAUUGGUAAAUAUGAUCAACACUCUGGUGACCAGCUCAAUGCAGAGGAGUCGGCUGUGGAAUAUCUACAGAGACUGUUCAAUCUUCCAGUCCAGGAAUCAAGAAAGAUGUUGGGUAAAUUUGGGCUAUCUAGUCAUGCCCAUACAAUCAAAAUCCCCAACCUCUCCGGAGGUCAGAAGGCAAGGGUCGCUCUGGCUGACCUGUCAUGUCGCGCUCCUGAUGUUCUUAUUCUUGAUGAACCUACAAACAACUUAGACAUUGAGUCUGUUGAUGCCCUCGCUGAUGCCAUCAAUGCCUAUAAAGGAGGUGUGAUCAUUGUGAGCCACGAUCAGCGACUGAUUCGGGAGACGAACUGUCAGCUUUGGGUUGUGGAGGAUCAGUCAGUGAAUGAGAUUGAUGGAGGUUUUGAUGAUUACAGACGAGAACUGUUGGAAUCUUUAGGAGAAGAGGUGAUGCUACCCCAGCCAGAUAUAGUUGCUGAAUGAUCUCUACUUACACACACGGAAGACUUUCAAAUCGAAGGCAGAUGUUCUGACUGAAUGAUCUGUGCUUAGAGACAGGUGUAAUUUAUAUGAAGACUGGUCAUCAUUGUUGCAAACUAAAAAGAAACAUUAUGAAAAGAAUGGA